AUGGAUCUUGAGAUCAAAGAAAAUGAAGUUGUGGGGGAAGAAGUGGUAGCACCGAAACCAGUUGUGAAAGAAACAGUCGUUGAGCCUAAGCCGGUAAUUAAGCUUCCCUUUCCCACCAGAAACAAGAAAAAGGGACAACAUGAGAAUAACUUUGAAAAAUUCUUAGAGUUGUUCAAAAAGCUUGAGAUUAACAUUCCGUUGUUGGAGGGUAUGAAGAUUCCAAUAAAGAAGAAAGAUCGAGGAUCUGUCACCAUCCCUUGUACUAUUGGAGAUAGGUCAUUCAACAAAGCUCUUAUUGAUUUAGGGGCUAGUGUGAGUCUCAUGUCAUUGUCCAUUUACAAGAAGCUUGGUAUAGGGGAUGUGCAAGAUACCAGGAUGACACUCCAAUUUGUCGAUCUUUCGGUCAAGAAACCAUAUGGUAUUGUUGAAGAUGUUCUGGUAAGAAUCGACAAGUUUGUAUUUCUGGUGGAUUUUAUAAUUCUAGAAAUGUCGGAAGAUGAAGAGAUCCCUCUCAUUAUUGGGAGACCUUUUUUAGAAACGGGAAUAUGCUCUAUCAACAUAGAAUAA